AUGUAUAGUCGAAGAGAUCUCAAAGAAUUUGAAAGUCAAAGUAUUUCUGCAAAUAGAGAUCGUAGUCCAGUUAGUGACAAUAGAUAUACUGCCACCAACACUACUAACUAUACCACCACCGCCACUACCGCUGCUGCCCCCGUUAACUAUUAUAUACCUGCACCUGCACCUGCACCUACCCUUAACUAUUAUUCAGUUCCAAAUGCUAUAUAUUCUACUAGUAGCAGUCGCAUGUCAACCCUUGGUGCUAGUUUAGUUAAACAAGAAUGGGAUUUUUCAAAAUUACCAAAAUUUGAAAAAAAUUUUUAUCGCGAACAUCCUAAUGUUAUGGCGAGAUCAGAAAUAGAGGUUGAGGAGUAUCGUAGAAAACAAGAGAUGUCGGUAUUUGGUAAUAGUAUUCCAAAACCUGUAGAAACUUUUGAAGAAGCAAAUUUUCCUGCAUAUGUUUUAAAAGAAGUGUUAAAUCUUGGUUUUACAGCACCAACACCAAUUCAGUCCCAAGGAUGGCCGAUGGCACUUUCUGGCCGUGAUUUAGUUGGUAUUGCUGAAACUGGGUCUGGUAAGACUUUGGCCUAUUGUUUACCUGCAAUUGUUCAUAUAAAUGCCCAACCAUUUCUUGAACCUGGUGAUGGGCCAAUAGUGUUAAUUUUGGCUCCUACACGUGAAUUGGCAAUUCAGAUUCAACAAGAGUGUACAAAAUUUGGAAAAUCAUCAAGGAUUAAAAAUACCUGUGUUUAUGGUGGUGUUCCCAGAGGCCCACAAGUACGUGAAUUGUCUGCAGGAGUAGAGAUUUGUAUUGCUACACCGGGUCGUUUAAUAGACAUGUUAGAAACUAGAAAAACUAAUCUUCGUCGAGUUACUUACCUUGUACUCGAUGAAGCUGAUCGUAUGUUAGAUAUGGGAUUUGAACCUCAAAUUCGUAAAAUAGUUGAUCAAAUUAGACCUGAUAGGCAAACUCUUAUGUGGAGUGCAACAUGGCCUAAAGAGGUCAAACGACUUGCUGAGGAUUAUUUAAAUGAUUUUAUUCAAGUUAACAUAGGUUCAUUAGAUUUAUCCGCAAGUCACAACAUUACACAAACGGUUGAAGUCUGUUCUGAAUAUGAGAAACGUACAAAAUUGGUUAGGCACCUUGAACGUAUUAUAGAUCAAAAAGAGAAUAAAACAUUAAUCUUUACUGCUACCAAACGUACAGCAGAUGAAAUAACAAAAUUUUUGCGACAAGAUGGUUGGCCAGCUCUUGCAAUUCACGGUGAUAAGGCACAAGUUGAACGUGAUUGGGUGCUGAGUGAGUUUCGUACUGGAAGAUCCCCUAUAAUGGUUGCUACAGAUGUUGCAUCUAGAGGAAUCGAUGUUAAGGAUAUUAAGCUCGUCAUCAAUUAUGAUUUCCCUACAAAUGUUGAGGAUUAUGUUCACCGAAUUGGUCGAACAGGACGUGGUGGGGCAAAAGGUUUAGCUGUAACAUUUUUCACAAUGGAUAAUGCUAGGCAGGCUAAAGAUUUAGUGAAUAUACUAAGAGAAGCCAAUCAAGAAGUAGAUUCCAAAUUAUUAGAGUUGGUUAAAAUUGUACCAAGUUCUAAUAAUAAAAUAAAUAAUAAUAAAAAAUAUGCAAUGGAAACUGGAGAACUUGUAAAAAGACUUUCAUUAUUGGAAGACCAAAAAAAUUUGAUAUUAUCCUUAAGUGAAGAAUACGGUCAUAAUUUGGAAGAAGAUAAAGAGGAAACCGACAUCAACGACGACGGCAUAGACUUUGAAGAAGAAGAAAAAAAAAUUAAACUCAAUCCUGUUGAUAUAUUCAAUGCAGAAGACAUGCUAGUAGAAAAACAAAUCGAAGAAAUAAAAAAAGAAUUUAAUACUAUUAUAAGAGAACGAGAUGGAGCUGACACACUUGCUAUGGAAAGAGUUAUAUUAACUCCUGAAGCAAAGGCAGAAAUUAUUGUUUCCUCAGCCGAAGAAUUGGAACAAGUAGCUGAAAAUUUAAAACAAAUUGAUGAAUUGCAAUCUGUGAUCGAUGCACCAGAAUUUAAAGGUCUUGACAAAUAUCUUCCAGAAAUUACACCAAUCGAGGGUAAACAUAUCGAUCAAGCAGCUAGAACAAAUCAAGUUUCUGCUCGUAUGACACAAUUAUUGGAUAGAUAUAAUGGAAUCGUGAAUACACUUUCUGAAAUUUUUAUUUCUUGGGAUAGCAUUCUUUCAACGAUUGACACCAACAUAACUGAAAUUGAAAGAAUAAAUGAAAAAUAA